GCACCUGCCACCGCGCGGAUACCAUGUCGAAGGCGGCCGGAGGCACAGCGGCGACGGCGGCGGCGGAAAGUUGUCCCCCAGCCUCUGCGGGCCCGUCCGCCGCCGCCGCCGUGGAGGACCUGUCCAAAGUGUCGGACGAGGAGCUGCUGCAGUGGAGCAAGGAGGAGCUGAUCCGCAGCCUGCGGCGCGCCGAGGCCGAGAAGGUGAGCGCGAUGCUGGACCACAGCAACCUCAUCCGCGAGGUGAACCGUCGCCUGCAGCUGCACCUCGGCGAGAUCCGCGGGCUCAAGGAUAUUAACCAGAAGCUCCAGGAGGACAACCAGGAGCUGAGAGACCUCUGCUGUUUCCUGGACGAUGACCGGCAGAAAGGCAAAAGGGUGUCCCGGGAGUGGCAGAGACUGGGCCGCUACACGGCUGGGGUGAUGCACAAGGAAGUGGCCUUAUACCUGCAGAAGCUGAAGGAGCUGGAGGUGAAGCAGGAGGAGGUGGUGAAGGAGAACAUGGAGCUCAAAGAGCUCUGCGUGCUGCUGGAUGAGGAAAAGGGCGCGGGCUGCGCGGGCAGCCGCUGCUCCAUCGACAGCCAGGCCAGCCUGUGCCAGCUCACCGCCUCCACGGCGCCCUACGUGCGGGAUGUGGGCGACGGCAGCAGCACCUCCAGCACCGGCAGCACCGACAGCCCCGACCACCACAAGCAGCACGCGAGCAGCGGCAGCCCGGAGCACCUGCAGAAGCCCCGGGGCGAGGGCAGCCCAGAGCACUCCAAGCACAGGAGCACCAGCCCCGAGCAUCUCCAGAAACCCAGACCCUCCGGCACCGCGGAUCACCCAAAAGCACUCAAAGGACCCAGCCCCGAGCACCACAAACCCUUGUGCAAGGGCAGCCCCGAACAGCAAAGGCACCCACACCCCGGGAGCAGCCCCGAGACGCUGCCCAAGCAUGUGCUGAGCGGGAGCCCAGAACACUUUCAGAAGCACAGGCCUGGGGGCAGCCCUGAACAUGCCAGGCACAGCGGAGGGAGCCCCGAGCAUCUUCAGAAACACGCCCUCGGUGGGAGCCUGGAGCAUCUACCCAGACCCAGGGGCACCAGCCCCGAGCACCUCAAACAGCAUUAUGGGGGGAGCCCUGAUCACAAACAUGUGGGCGGAGGCAGCGGCGGAGGCAGCAGGGAGGGCACCCUCCGAAGGCAGGCGCAGGAGGACGUGUCACCCCAUCACCGGAGUGUCUACAGUGGCAUGAACGAAUCAACCUUGUCCUAUGUUAGGCAGCUGGAGGCAAGAGUAAGACAGCUGGAGGAAGAAAAUCGCAUGCUGCCCCAGGGUUCUUUUAGGUUGUCAUCAGGGGCUGAUGGGAGUAACAGUCCACCCACCUCUCCAGCUAGCUUCAGUGGACAUACCACACCUUCUCAGCAGCCUGAACCUGUGGUACAUUCUCUUAAGGUUGUAUGGAGGAAACUUGGAGAUGCUGCCGGUUCCUGUCCUGGAAUUAGGCAACAUUUGUCUGGAAACCAGUACAAAGGACCAAUGUGAAAGGCACUCUUUCAAACAGGAGGUCACCACUGCCAGAGAGAGAUAAAAGAAGAAAAAAGUGGGUUUCUGCACACCCGGACUCUUUGAAUAACAUGGAGUGAUUGUACAUUGCACAUAUUUUCCCUCUAACACCUUCAGUAUGCUGUAUGUCAUGUCUCUGGUUUCCAUGUCCACAGUAGCCCAUCUCGAGUUAAUUUAAAACAGCUUUGAAAAUCACCGUUUUGGUACCAAUAUUUUCAUUAGAGUUAAAAAUGUUUUUGACUCCUAAGAUCUAAGAUUAGAAGAGUCCAGUAGGGCCUCAGUGGUUUUCAUAGAGUUGACUCAUUGCACAGAAUGGUGGGAGUUUUCUACCAUGAUGUGUUGAGGAAGAGGUGGGUUCCAGCUUUCCAAAUCUGAGAGUUGGGCACCUAUUUCUUGUAUUAUAGUCAAAAAAUUAUGAGUUCCUGAUGCAUAAUUAAUUUGGAUGUAAGGCAAGAUUAGAUUUCUGGGAUUCUGUUUUGACUUUUGAGGUGCUAAAACUACCCCAUAAAUUCUCUACCAGCCAGAAGGGUAGCAAGAUUUUUUGUAGAGUGCUUAUCAGAGAGUACCAUUUAUUUCAAGUGAUCAAGAUAAAUAUAGCUUUUCUUUUAAUCUUGCUAUAUUCAUGAAGACACAUCUUGGGGGCAUAUCUACUUCCAUAUUCAUUCAAUGUAGCCAUUGAUGUUAAUAUUAAUUCCAAUUAAAGAACAAGCAAACAUAAUUUUUCUAAGUGUUUCCAGCUGUGAGAUGUCAAUUUCUACAAUUUAGUUUCUAGAUCUGCUGUUAUAUUUAAUAAACUUUAUGUAAACUUUAAAAUAUUGCACUGCAUUUAUGAAAAAGCUUUCUUUGCCUACAGCAGCUAACGUUUUAUGAAACUGACGCAUGUCUUUCAUUAUUGAGGCUAAAAGCUCUUGUUCAGAUUGCUUGAGGUUUGAAAAAGAGGUGUGCUAGCUUUGCUUAGUUUCUUAUUUUUGGUAUAUAUAUAUAUAAUAUUAGACUGUGUGUAUUGGAAAUGCUAUGAUAGGUAUUUUGUGUUUUUCAAAUGCAAUGAUAGUUUCUUGUAUGAAUGUGCAAGAGGCCUGUGACAGAAUGCUAAGUUUUUAUUGUAGUUUAAGAUUAUAAAAGUAGGAAUGCAACAAUUCCCAGUUUUUAGAGUUCUUCUCAAUUACUCAGAUUGGAUUCAUUGCAGAUAUUCAUCAUUGCUGUUGUUUUCAUAAUGGACUCAUUAUAGUAUAUUAAUUGUCAUUGGUCAAGGAAUGUGAAGGUAUUUCGUUAUACUUUUUUAAAUGUUACUAUGAUGAAAAAACAGCCCUCUGUUUUCAGAAAAUAUUUAUGAAUUAAUUUACUAUAGAAUUAAUUUACUAUAGAAUUAUCUAAUUAAUUUACUAUAGAAUUAUCUAAUUAACUGGGUUACCAGUUAAGCUUAUCUUUCUUUUGAAAUGUUAUAUUAUUACUCUGUAAAAGAAAAUUGCUUGCUAUAUUUACACCUUCUCUCGUAGAAAAGCUUUCAUCCUUAAAUUGUUGUAUUCCUACGCUCUGAAGACAUUUAAAACAAGUUUUUGUGCCUGCAGUAGAGACUGCAGAAGCUAAUACAAGGAACACUGGUCUUUUGACAAAAUACUUGUGUAAAUUUUGAUACUGUAUUAAAACUAUUUUUUUAAAGUCCUGCAUAAAAUCGAGUAUCACAUAUGUGUUCAUCUUAGCAAUGGUAAUAAAUUAUUUAAUCUCA